AUGGUGAGAAAUGUUCUGAAGGCUAAACCAGGUGGACAGUUUAUUUUGGAUGAAUAUGACAAAAUGAAAACAUUGACAGAUAGCACAAGGAGAAAGUUGGUAAACCUUCUUGUGGCCAACAUGGUUGAAAUUCAUGGGAGGAGCCCACCCAUCUCUGUUCGAACUACAUGUGCUCUAGGCAUCAUCUCUCUAUUUCCCAGCCUCAGAGAUCCAUAUUCGGACAAGGGAUAUGAACACUUCUAUGACCCAGAGAGUGGAUCUGGCUACUUGGCCUGGAGGAUAAAGACUGUUCAGCGCAACACUGCAGCUCAGCCCCAGAGAUGCUCCACAAGCACAACCUAUCAAGAUAGUCCAAAGAGAAAGAGGGAUGUUCUCUGCACUGAUAAGCAGCUGCUUGGUGAGCACUGUCAUGAAGCAAUAUCCUUUUUGAAACAUUCAACUGAUGAAUCAGCCAUCAAAGAGCGAAUGAAGGCCACAUUUCAGUACCGUCAAACACUGGUUCAAGAUCAGCAGUGCUCUUCGACAGUCUUUGACAUCUUCCCACGAUUUCUCGACAUCACUGGCUUGAUUGAACAAGACUUCACCAUGAUGUUUGGAGAGGAAGUGUCGGGCAGAUUUUUGGCAAAAUGGCCUACCUUUUUCAAGCCUAGAAUCCUGGCAGACUGCAAAAAACUGACUUCUAAUGAGCACAUUGAAGACCUCAUGUCAUUGCAGCAAGACUCAGGCUGGGACAGUGAUCUGUCCAGCAUUCUUCUGUUGGUUCACCUGCUUCCUCCCACCCCCAAAGGCCACAAGAAGAGUGCUAAAAUCAGCCCAUGCCAGGCUGUUGACCAUGUUGUGAGAUAUUUGCAGAUGGGAGCCAGUGUUGAAACCUUCCUUGCUGGUGUGGAGCCAGGCCAGCCCUUCCUCCUUGGUGUUGGUGAAAAGAAGAGCAGCAUCCAAAGAUACUAUGUCAUCAUUGAUCACAAGGCCAUCCCUUGCAAGGCACAGACAUCCCUUGCAGCUUUCGAUGAGUUCUUCAAAGCACACUUCAUCUUCAGUGUCAGUUACCAUGAAUCCCUCUACAACUUCUAUACGUUCAUCCAAACCACAGUUUUUAACAUUGACAUUGGAAAGGCCAAGGAAACUCCCAGAGUCAAGGAAUUAAGAGCAAGAUUUUUCAUGACGCUUGAGGGGAUAAAUAUCCAUGGAUGCAAACAUUUUUCUUUAUGUCUGUAA